AUGGUAGGCACGGCGACUACCAUCGAAACGGCGCGGCCCGCAACCUCGGCGGCCCGGGAGCGGGGCCACGGGCACCGGCAGGUCGCUCCGGAGGCCGGCCGGCGCGUGCCCGCUCGCCCGCGCUCACACGGACGGGGGGCGGCGGCGGGGGCUCGGGCCGAGGCCCGGCCACCCCUCACCUCCCCGCCCGCCCGACGGGAGCGGGGCGGCGCGGGCACGGCGGCCGGUCCGCGACGGCCGGCCGGGGUCCCGACGACCCGCGCUCGGGCGAGCGCGCCGGGGCGGGGCGCGGCGCGGCAGGGGGACGGACGGCGGUCCCCCCAACCUCGCCCAACACGCAACGACGCCGGCGGACGGGCGGCGGCGGCGGACCACGGAGCGGUGCCGCGGCAGGCCCGGGAAGCGAAACACACCGGGACGCGGCCCGGGGGUCGGCAGACGCGACGGACGGGAGACAGGGCCGACGAGGCGCGGCUGGCUCGGCCGCCGCCGCGGAGGCGCGGCGACGACCUCGCGGAAGACGUGGCGGGCGGGGGCGGACGCGCGCCGACGCGAGGGAGGCCCGGGGGCCAUCCUAAGGGCACGGACGCGAGUCGGCCGCCGGGGCACGACACGGGGUCUCACCGCCAGAGGCCUCCAGCGCAGGGGCGGUCCCGCGGCACCCAGGACGCCGACUGGCCUCCUCGGCCCCCCAACCAGGGUGCCCCCCCUCGCGGGGCUCGCGCCCACCACCGCCAAACACCCACGAGCCGCGGCCAGCCCCGCGACAACAACACUCUCCCGCGCGCACACCGGCCGCCCCACGUGCCCCGCCACACGCCUCCGCCGCCGCGCCCGACUCCCCCGCCUCAGGGACCGCCCCGGCCCAACACGAUCGCACCCACGCCCGUGUGCGACUCCCCACACACACGCAAGUGGGGGCGGCGGCACACGCGGCGUCGGCCCGGCCACGAAGUCAGUCCCCCCCACGGCACACCGUGGGAGGACGAUGGCGACGAGGUGGCAGGCCCCCGUCCCCCACCGAGGGAGAGAAACAGAGGCAAGACCCCGCGCCCUUUACCGUCUCGACCCCCCCGAGAGAGCCACUCACGGGACACACCACCGCGGCGGAGACCCCGAGGAGCACGCUGGGAAAAGGGAACGACACCACCGCUCGGCCUCGCGCACCUGAGGGACGACCUGGAGCGCUCCAGGGGCACCACAGAGGACCGAGCAAGUCACGCUCACGCGCCGGCAGCGGGCGCGCGGCGCAGCGGCGGGACGGCCCCCACCGACGCGGGGAGGACCGCCCGCGAGGCACACGCCAAGGAGGCGAAGCGAGAGCGUCUGCUGCGUCCGAGGACCACGGCCCCGCCCACGCCGCCCGGCCCAGGAGAGCGCGACAUCACCACAUCGAUCAGUCAAUCCAGAGAGCCGGGGGCCACGAGGGCCCCGAGGGAGGAGGGGCACGGCGAGGACCCUCACCGGAGGAGCCUGCUUCAGCCUCAGCCGGCACCCAGCCCCCCCCUUCUCUCUCUCUUGCCUUCUCGGGCAACAGUGGCCGACGACCCCGCGAGGAGAACGCCUGACACGUGGCACGGAGCCUGCGGGUUGGGGUCGUCUCAGCCACCACCGGGUGCCUGCGGCGGGGAAGGGGAGUCACACGGGGUAGAAGACCCACGCACCACCUCGCCCCGCCGCCCUCGGGUGAGCCAGAGACCGGAGGCGGCACCGCGGGUCGGGUCAGCCGGGCGCACACACGAGAGCCGGCGCGCAGGCCCAAGCGGGCGGUUCAAGUGGCAAGGGCCGGUUCGGGCGCCGGACGGCGGUCCAAAGCCCAGCGCCCUGCGCGCGUCCAGAGUCCCAGAACCCCCAGCGAGAGAUGCCAGAGGAGACCGUGUCAGCACCUAUCUGGUGGUAAAAAAGGCCCAUUUCAGGCGAAAAAAAUCACGGCGCCCGGCAGCGGGGCCCAUCCACGAACCUCGGGGGGGCUCCCCGGGACCUCGGCCCGGCUACCUCUCCCCAACACUUCCCCAUCCACAGCAGCCCCGGAGCUCUCUCGGGGCCAUCUGGUCGACCCGAGCAGCGGGGGCGGCAGAGUGGAGCGGGGCGGGGCGGGAAAACGUGGCAGAGGCAGCGAGCGGGCCGGGGUCACCCUCCCCGGAUCGCCCGCGCGAGCAGUACGACUCGGGCCGGUCCCCACCGCCACCCCCACCCCGGCCGGGACUCGCGGUGGAGGAGGGGGCGGGGGAGGGUGAGAAAAAGUCGCGUCCGCCGACCGGGACCCACGUGGGCCCGCUAAAGGGCCGGGCCUGCACGCCCAAUCUCAAGCGACAGCAGGAGGCGCCCACGCCUGGGCGCCACCGGGACAGUCACCGCCAGCGUCGCCCGGCUCCCGGAACUCUGCCUCGGGCCCGGCGGCCGAGUCACAGCCCUCACGAAGGUCGCCGAAGCUCCAGAGACAAGGGACAAUAUAAAAGCGGCCGCCAGGUGGCUCCCGACAACGGCUCCAACGUCCCCGGGCCGGGUUCCCUGUCGCCGGCCGGCCACCGAGGAUGCAGCAGCGCCGGGCCGCCCAAACGCCCGAGCUCAGCCCGCCGGGGCGAGCCGGCGGGCGUCUGGCGCGGCCCCGAGGCGUCCGUCUCGGAGCUAGCUCCCGGGACGGCACGACACGGCGCGACCCCGGCAGCAGACGGGGGGGGGGGGGGGGCCGGGGAAGCUGGGAAGACGUCGCCGGGAGGCCGCCUCGAAGGAAACGCGCUCCCCACGCGACUCCUCGGCGGGGGCAAAUCCCACGGAGACGCCGGCGGGGCCCGGGGCGGCCGGCACGGGAAUCCCCUGCCCUCCUUGCUCCCACUCGAAUACCUCCGUCACUCAGAGGUUGGCCCCGCCCACCUAGGCCGGCCCAGCCAUCUGGUCGACCUCUUUGGCCCGUAUAAAAAGCGACCGACCGGCAGGUGGCGCCCGACAACGGGCAGUCGAGUGAGCGGGCCGCAUCGGGAUCGGGAUCGGGAUCGGGAGCAGCAGGGCGGCGGGGACACGAUGACGAACCCGAUCCUCCUGGUGCGCAUUUCACCGCUCAGCGACGGCCGCGGACGGGGCACUGGGGACCUGGGGACACCGGGGACACCGUGGACACCGGGGACCGGGGACCGGGGACCGCGGACCGCGGACCGCGGACCGCGGACCCGGAAGCAUUUUUCUCCAACGUCCCUGCGAUUCCACGGAAGGUUGACAGCGGCAGGGCGGCCUCAGCCGUCACGAAGACGGACGUACCGGGCACACUCAUCGUUCAGGACGCAGGUAAACGGCGAGCGUGUGGGAACGCGCGGAGCCCAAGUCCGCGGAGGACAACUGGUCGACCCGGCGGCCGGUGGGCCCCGCGGAGCCCAAGUCCCGGGGGGGGGGGGACAGCUGGUCGACCCGCAAGGCGGGGAGGAAGAGGGGAGCGCAAGGGACGCGAGCGCCCGGGAAGCGCCCGGCCCGCACCCCCGCGCCGAGGGUGGCGGGGGACCCCCGUACGCGUCCCGGCGGCACGCGCGUGCCGCCGGCCCCUCCGGCCCCGCACGGGCCCCCCCGGGCAAGGGGCCCGCGGGGCCGGCGGGGGCGGCCCUGCGACUCCACACCCCCGGCCUCUCGGUCCGCAACCGGCCCCCCCCACCUUCCCCCGUCCCAGCCCGUGGGCGAGGCCCACGGCGGGGUGGGGAGGGGGCACGGCGCGCCGAGCCCGGGGGCGGUGGGGGGCGCCGCGAGGGGCGCCCCCCACCCCUCCACUCUCGUCUCCCCCCCCUUUUUCCUCCGGCGGGACGGCGCGCCUUCCCCCGGCCGGCCGGCCGGCCGGCCGGCGCGGGCCGGGGCCGGUCCGGGGACGUGCGCGCCGAGACCCGCCGCCGCUCCCAUCGCGCGGGACGGGACGGCGGGCAGCCGACCGAGGGUGGUGGCCCCGAGGACGCCGCCCGCCCGCGGUGCGCGGUGCGCGGGGGGGGAGAGUCCCGAGAGCGAGGGAGGGACGGAAGGAAGGAAACGGACACGCCGAGCGCCCCCCAGGGCCCCGCCGCCGUCACCGCCACCGCCGCGGCGGCGGCGUCGACGGACGAAGGGCUCUCCGCACCGGACCCCGGUCCCGACGCGCGGCGGGGCGCGCCGCUCCGCGCCCCGGGGGACGCGGGCGGCGGCCCGCCGGCGGGGACGGCGGGGGACCGGCUAUCCGAGGCCAACCGAGGCUCCCGCGGCGCUGCCGUAUCGUUCCGCCUGGGCGGGAUUCUGACUUAG